GAAGAGUGUCCGGAGGCGCUCUCUCGGUUCUCUCGGAGAGCCCACGACGGAGCAGGAGCGAUUCCUCGCGCGCCGCAGCCACGGGUGAGAGGUGUAGUCGUCGCACGAGAAACGCGUGAUACGCGCGGUAUGCCGCGCGAGAGCGAGUCGCGACGACGACGACGACGACGACGACGACGAGGAGGAGAAGGAGGAGGAGGAGGAGGCCGACGACGGGUCGUGCAGUAACCACCGCGUGAGGAUCGCGGCGACACAGAAAGACAGAGAGAGAGAGAGAAAGAGAGAGAGUGAGAGAGAGAGAAAGAGAGAGAGAGAGUUCCCGCGGACGACGGGAGCCGCCCGCGCGCGCGCGUUCGCUCGCGCGACUCAGCGGGUCGUCGUCGAAACAUGCGUCCGCUGCGGGUCGGCGAGAACGCGACGACCGAGGAGGCAUCUGCCACGGGGAACUGUCAAGGAGACCAUCAUCAUCGUCGUGGCCACCGCCACCAUCGCCGUCACGACCACCACCACCACCACUGCCGCCGCCAACAACAUCGCCGCCGACGCCGCCACCACCGCCGCGCUUGAGUCAGUGCGUGAUCGGACGGAGGCGACGCACGCAAAAUGGCUUCGGGCGAUAAUGUGGACGUGAUCGAGGUGGUCGAGACGAGUUUCUCCGGGCCGGCGGCGCCCGCGUUGGACCACCGACCGGAGCAGUCCGCCGAGGAGGAUUAUAAGUCGAGCGGAGAGAAAACAACGGCAUUUGACAGUUUAGUGGUGCAACAUGGCACCACAGGUGGCAAGGCCCCCGUGGGGGUAUCGAGAAACAAGUCGGAACGAGAGAGAAAGAUCGGCCAUCGGAGAGUGGGUGUGGGAGGUGAAAUCACGUAUAAGAAGAUCCAAACCACACAAAUCAUGGGAUCGAUCCAGCUGGGCAUACAGCACGCGGUCGGCGGUCUCGCGAGCAAACCUGAGCGUGACUUGUUGAUGCAGGACUUCAUGACGGUGGAGACAACGAAUUUUCCCAGCGAGGGAUCGAAUCACACUCCGGCCCAUCACUUCUCGGAGUUUAAAUUUAAGAACUACGCGCCCAUUGCAUUUCGUUACUUUAGGGAUCUCUUUGGCAUUCAACCGGACGACUUUUUGAUGUCGAUGUGUAGCGCGCCGCUGCGCGAGUUGUCGAAUCCUGGCGCUAGUGGAAGUAUCUUUUAUCUAACGGAAGAUGAUGAAUUUAUCAUAAAGACUGUACAACACAAAGAAGGCGAGUUUCUACAAACUCUACUUCCAGGAUAUUACAUGAAUCUGAAUCAGAAUCCAAGAACAUUGUUGCCAAAGUUUUUUGGAUUGUAUUGCUAUCGGUGUAAUAGUAAGAAUGUUAGGUUAGUGGCUAUGAAUAAUCUUUUACCCUCGUCCGUAAAAUUGCAUCAGAAGUAUGAUCUGAAGGGAUCGACGUACAAGAGGAAGGCAUCGAAAUUAGAGCGCUCGAAGUCUUCUCCGACGUAUAAGGACCUGGAUUUCAUCGAGCAUCACCCGGAGGGAAUCUUUCUAGAGGCCGAUACGUAUGGCGCGCUGGUGAAAACUAUACAACGCGAUUGUCGCGUGCUGGAGAGCUUCAAAAUCAUGGAUUACUCGUUGCUCGUCGGGAUCCAUAAUCUUGAUUAUGCCGCGAAGGAAAAAGCUCAAGAACAAAGAUUAUCGGCGAGCGCCGACGAAGAAGGGGAAAUGGGUGGCGAAAGCGGCGGAUUCAUUCACGUUGAGAGGGAAAAAGAAAGGGAAGACAAAAUAGGCGCCGCCGCCGCUUUGAAUCGAUCACGCAGUAUAAACCGUCAAAGGUUGGUUGCUCAUAGUACCGCGAUGGAGAGUAUUCAGGCUGAAAGCGAGCCGAUAGACGAAGAGGAUGAUGUACCUUCAGGCGGCAUUCCUGCCAGGAACGCGCGUGGUGAACGUCUCUUAUUAUUCCUUGGCAUUAUCGACAUUCUACAAAGCUACAGGCUGAAGAAAAAACUCGAACAUACGUGGAAAUCAAUGAUACAUGACGGAGAUACUGUAUCGGUUCAUCGGCCAGGAUUUUACGCGCAACGCUUUCAAGACUUCAUGGCCAAGACAGUAUUCAAGAAAAUACCGUCACUGGACCUGCCUGAGAUUAAGGGGAAUCACCGCAAAUUCCGUAACCUCGUCACCAGCUACAUAGCCUUGAAACAUUCCCCGUCGAAGAGGAAAAGCAUCACCAGACCGCUGAGGCCAUUGGACGGCGACUUCGAUUCGACCGCGGUGGCGGCAACUGGAGGUUCGACAAUGCAUGCUACAUCACCCACAAAAGCCGUUAGCCCACCCGAUCCUGCGAUCAGCGUGACCACGAACACGGCAGUCUCGAGCGGCUCGGUGCCGAUCGCCACCUCGACGCCGGUUAACCUUGCCGCCGGUCCUCUGAGUCCACCCCCGUUGACCUUGGCCGCCGCUCAGGCUCAGCAUCGUGACGAGCAUCCGCCGGGGGCCGGAGCCGCCCCCACGGUCAAGGUCACGAGUUACCCGGCCGUGCUGAAGGGCAGGAGCGCGGCCAGUCCGCCGAAUCCGAACCUGGUGCCGUCUGGCAAGGUGCCGCCGCCGGUGCCGCCGCGCGGCACCGGCUCCUCGAGGGCCAGGUCCUCCGAGGAGCACCGCGCGGCCGGCCCCGCCUCGUCUACCACGUCGUCGGUGACUUCCAGCCGAGGUGGCACCCUUCCCUCCACCUGCUCCACCCCGCCCCCGCCCUUUGACGAUGCAGUCCGCUCGAAUGACCAAACCCUGGCUUCCGGUGGUCAUCUGCAGCACGGCGGCGCGGCCGCCAUUCUCGCGAGCAGCCUGACCUCUGCUCAUUCCAAACAAAAUAGGGUCGUCCAUCACGUUACACUCACCAAGACGUAUCACGACACCGUGAGGAAAAGGAAAAUCAUAUCGGACGUGCAUUUGGAGAGUAGCGGCAGCGGCAGCGGCAGCAGGGAAACCAAGUCGUCGUUGAGCGUCGAGAGCGGCGGCAGCAGCCGCGGUGGCGGCGGUCUCACGUGGACACCGCCGGCGGGGAGCGCCGAGGGCUCGACCCCCACGUGGACGGAGGGCACGCCGUCCUUCACCGAGAGCUCCAGCAGCGGCGACAUCGGUUGCCCGACCACGCCGAUCAAGGGUAAUCUGCAGCAGGACGACGGCGGAAGGAUCGCGGCCACCGUGGAGGAGGCGCUAGCGAGUCUCACCACCGAGAUGUUAAUUACCACGAUCGGAGGGGCGCCUUCGCGAGGAUAUUAUCACGAUCGUCAAUUGCGGCGGCUGUACGUUUCCACGAACAGACGAUUUAUACGAGAUGAGACGAACCAGCCAAGACGGGCAGCACGAAUUGGAGCAAAGCACGUCCUUUUCGUUUUACCGUCAGAUCAGGACGAGCCUGAAACGCGGUGGCACGAAUCACGUCGCGAUCAUGAGGAGCAUGCAAAGGGCAUUAAACGUUCGACGCCGGGCACCAUGACGCACGCAGAGUCCCACCAAUCAGGACCGAUCUAGAAAUUACGAUCAUUGUUUAUACGUGCAAUUUUUCACACGUCCAACAGAUGUGUCUCGAGACCGCCUGCACGGCGAAUCGAAAAUCGAGUCGAGAACUUCACAGAUCUGAGAUCUUAUGACCCAGUUACGUCGAAAUCGUGCAGCACACACGACGUGUUGCGAAUUGCAAUUAAUAAUCUUGUCACGAAGUGACACUCGCGAAAGUAAUUUUCAACGUGAAAUGCAAUUGAUAGAGAAUAUCGAUCGAUACAUGUAUAUUGACUAACAUACCCGAGUCAAAAUGUUGGCUCUACGUUGAUUCUGCGAGUUUCACGAACUUUCAAACUUGAAGGGUUUGUCCUGGAUUCCCGACUCAGCAUCCUGGUUCCUCCGCGUACUCCUUUGUGACACUGACACUAUACAGGUAUGACGAUUCGAUCGAGGAAGCACGUGUUAAAUAACGCGACGCCGACGCGCGAGAGCCCGACGAAAAUUGUAAAAACCUGAUCGGUGUACGCUCUUAGAUUCAGUCAAGUUUCCAAUCACAGAUCCACGAAUUUUACGGUUAGUUACAAGGCAGCUUUCUCUGCUGAACGCAGCCAAUAACUCUGACAUGAGGAAGUACGCGACUUACUAGAGCAAUAAACACAAAGGACAAAAACGACGACAACUUUCAUCCCUUCUCCUUUCCCAACCAUCGUUAUGUCGCUCGCCGGCUCGAAACACAAUGGCUCAAUCAUCGAAAGAUAUAGAACACACACGACAAUACCAUAUACAAUAGGACAAAGGAUAAAAACGUCUGUCAUCGAAAGUAGUAGUCUGCUGCCCAAUGACGCCAGCAUAAUCCGGGAGUUGACGCUCUCAAAACAUUCUCAUAUUGAGUUUGUCAACACCAUUUUCUCGUUCCUUUGGAGAAUUAUUGUGGCCAAAUCUUCGACUCUUUAAAUUCCCAUCAAUGUGAACUGUUGUAGAGUCCCGUAUGGGGAAAACGGCAUAAAAAGAUAUUUUGUGUUGAAGUCGAUUCGUAUCGAAAUUUUUGCGUUAAAUUUUCAACACAUUUGUGCGUUCAUUUAAUCAUCAUUGUGUCACUUCGACUAUUUCGCGUUAAGUUCCUACUCAUCACAUGCAGAACCAAAAUUUCGAGUCGGUUAAUGACGUUUGCGGUAAAGUAUCGCGAAUGUACGCGACGAUCCUCUAAAUAAUGACCGCGUCAUGCGUAUAUUCGAUGACUUUACGGUUGUUCUCGUUAUAAUUAUUCUCCAUUUAUCGUCUAGCUGUGAUGACGAUGCAAUUAAGACGCAUUUGUAAACCUCGGCGAAGUUAGAGUGGGAACCGCGAGGGACAAACCGAUGAGAGUGAUCGAUGUACUUAGGAGAUGCUUCACGAUUCUCACAUUCAGUGCCGAUACAUUUCGCAAACUUGACCUUAAAGAAGUAUAAAAAGAAGAAAAAAGCAAACAAUAAACGAGAUACUCAGUAGGAGAACCACAGGCGACAUCGCGUUCGACAUUAUUUCCGCCCUCCGUGCUUUCUCCCAUUUCGCCAGAGACGAAGGAACGAUAAUCGCUGAGAAUUCCAGUGUUUCGAGAUAUAUUCCCUUUUUCUGUUUUCGUUCGCAUUGAUCGUGCUGGGCGAAUCUGGCGAGACAGACAAUUCCGCGUGAGUCUCCUUCAACUUCUGCGGAUUCGGUCGUUCAGUCGUGUCGUCUCGACGAGAUUCUUUUGCCUUUCGGUACUGCCUGAAUUUUGUCCGUCUCUUUACGUAAUCCGAUAGUCCGUACGAAUAUAUUAAUUAUUCGUUCUCGCCCGAAUUGAACUGUACAUACGGGGGCUCUCCACCCGAAUCGCGAUCUCCAAAUCGAAUCCUUAGGUACUACCACUCUCUUUUUCACAAUCACUAAUAUUAGGGUAGGUCUGUGGGUAUACUUGGAUCUAAUUUGUGGUAGUAUCUAACGAUUAACGAUAGCGCGACGAUAGAGCCCAACGUUCUCUCGUAGUGAUUCAAUCCGCGAUCGGCUGGCAUCGCCUUCGUUAUCGUUUUCGCGAUCAAUCGAAUCGCUUACUGAGCAGCCGGUGAAUGUUCCGUUUCGCGAACUCUCUCGUGCACGUUAUCACGUAGCGAGAGAAACGACGUAUCAUUGUGUGAUACAUAACGAUUCGUAUUUCUGGGUUUCUCCUCAUGUCUAUAAGAUAAAAGUACCAAUGCCUGGACACUAAUAAAACGCUGAUACUUAGCUAUACUUCAAUCGUAAUUCUUUUCAUUUAAAUCGAGUAUUGUUUACUCAGUUUAAGUAAAUUUUGAUUUAAGUAAAUAUAUUAAUAAUAUCCACCUAAUAAAUUUUUUUUCAGUAUAUAUAUAUAUAUAUAUAUAUAGGGUGUCCCGU